AUGUAUAGCGGUUACAAUCCCCCCCAUAUUCAGCGCAGGUUCUUGAUUCCUUUGGCAGAAUCGUUUGUGAAAGCAGCAAGUAACCCAACAUCUGCCGAGGCUUUUGAAAAUUUCAUUUUGCUUCAAAAUAAUCCUUCUUGCUCGAAAGAAAAUAUUAAAAAGUGGCAAAACGACGCACUUAAAGCAUUGAGAUUUGCAAAUGCGAAAGCUAUGAUGAAAGCAAAUUCUUCCGAUACUCCAAAUGAUGCUAAACGAAAACGUGUAGAAACCAACCACACGGAGGAAGAAAUUAAUACACAAGAUUCUAAAAAAACAAAAUCGAUUUCGCCCUCAACAAAUGCUAUUCCCUGCAGUGUACCACAAAACCGACUGGAAGACAUCAGUAGCACGGUUUCUUCCGAUUUACUAAAUCAGAUGAAACUGUGCUUCAAGUAUCAUCUCAGCAUAACCAAUUUGCCAGAAAUUUGGCCAUCAAUUUUGGUGAACGGUCCUCCAUUCUGCGGGAAGACUAAACUUAUCAAAUCGAUUGCUGGCGUAACUUUCAACAUUCAUUCUUUCGGAGCCAAUUAUAUGCAAGCAACGGUUGGAAUUAUCGCACCUACUGCUCGAUCAUGGCGCGAGGUCUUCGCUCAAGCUAAGAAAAAUGCGCCGUGUGUUCUGCAUAUAGAUUGUAUCGAAAAUUUAGAAAAAGCAACUGGCUCCACUGCUGCCUUUCGAGUUGUUUGUUUGUUGAAAAAUGAACUCCUUCCAGAAAGUGUUGGUUCUGGUGUGGCAAUUGUUGGGGAGACACGGAAACUCAUAGCUAGUCUUCCUCAAGAUGUAUCGGAACUCUUUAGAGAUCGAUUUACAUUUGGAAUGAUGGAGGAGUCGUGUCGAAAGAGUCUUUUAUCUCGGUAUCUCUCUGAGGAGGAGGGAGUGGGUGAAGGCAAACAAAUUGAUCUUCGACUCACAGAAGGUCUCACACUUCAAGAAGUUGCUCAUCGAACUCCUGGUUACGAGGCUGGUGAUCUUCUUCGCCUUAUCCGCGCCAUUCGGAUGGAGUUGCGCGCAGAACGCAAAUCUGAAGAUCAACAGGUGGGUCAACUUUUUUCCUUUUUUGUAGAUAGCUCAUUUGGUGUUAUUAAACAUAGUCUUCGCUCUGUUAAUGUAACACAGAAGAUCCUGGAAGCUUCAUUAUUAAAGGUGGUUCCUGCUGUCAAGAGCACUGCUGAAUUUGUCACUAUCCCUGACGUAUCUUGGAGUGAUGUUGGGGGCCUCAAUGAAACGAAGAGACAACUUCAUAAUCAGUUUAUGCUACUUAUUGACGAUUGGGAACGAGCUCAAGCUUUGCGUAGACGAGCCGGUGGAGUUCUCUUGGAAGGACCACCUGGAUGCGGCAAAACACUGAUUGCUAAAGCUCUUUCAAACACCGCAGGCCUGAAUUUUCUUUCUGUAAAGGGCCCCGAGAUUUUGAAUAAGUUUCAGGGUGAGAGUGAGAGACGAAUUCGCGAGAUAUUUGAGAGGGGACGCGCUUGUCAGCCCUGUUUGAUCUUCUUUGACGAAAUCGACGCCAUUUGUCCUCGAAGAGAUGGGGAUGAAUCAUCAGGCAGUCGGGUGAGUGUUGUGAAUCAGUUAUUAGUGGAAUUGGAUGGAAUUGACAAGCAUCGUCAGUCGAGAGUGUUCGUUGUGGGAGCAACAAAUAGGAAAGACAUGAUAGAUGAAGCGAUUCUCCGUCCAGGUCGACUGGGACUCCAUAUCCUUAUCUCGCCUCCCGCUACUCCUCAGGAACGUGUGGAGGUGCUCUCCGCGUGUACUCGUGGAGCUACGGCUCCCUGGGUCGAUGGUGGCCUUGAGGUAUUUCAACGGAUUGCUGUCGACCCACGCACGAAUCAGAUGAGCGGUGCUGAUUUGGAAAAUCUCUUGGAGAUGGCUAAACUUAGGGCUCAACUUGCUAGACGAGAUUUCCUUACCGAAGAUGAUUUGACUGGUUCUUUGAACGAACUUAAAAAGUAG